AUGAUGAUGGAGUCUAGUAUCAACAGCGCAACAAUCUUACCACCCUACGAAGAAGAAUUCGAACCAGUUGAUAAUCUUCAUUGGUCUCCAGAAACAGCAUUUAUUUGUUUUGGAUACACCAGCUUCAAGCAUCGAGGUUACUCUAAAGAUAAGAUAUCCGUAGACGAUUAUAUUCGAUUAGCUAGUGGACUCGAUGUAACGAAUGAAUUUAAGAAACCUUGGGUAAAAAGUUUCACCAAUGGAGUAGUUAUUCCAAAGGAUGAUGAUAAACAAAAGAAAGUUUUUAGAAGUUAUCUAAAUUUUGUUAAGAGAAAAGCACCAAACAGUGAAGGAAUCAUGUAUCCUUACAACGACGGAAAAGAAUUUAACGAUUACCUUACUAUUCAAGAAGAGAAUGAAGAGUGUUAA